AUGAGAAGGAUCCGGACACAGUCUUACACAAAACACCCGUCUAAAAAAGCUAGGAAAAAUUCUGGGAGCCAAACAUAUGAAGAAAUUCUGCUUACUCCCCCCCCCCCCCCCUCCGUGAGCGAACAAAACCAUUAGAAAAAUCGCCAUUUUUUGACCAAAAACCCACCCUCCGUGAGUGAACAAAAAUUUUUUUAAUAGAAAAAAUUUUAAUGGAAAAAAAUUUUGAUAUAUAAGUGAUAAUUAGUAUAAUGAAAUCUAGAGCUAAUUCUGUUUAAUUUUAAACAAAUUGCGUUUUAAAACAUAAAUUUUGCAAAUUAAAUUAAUAUUUGCUUCCCAAUUUUUGCAAAUUAGGAUUUUUUUAAAUUUCGAAAAAAAUAUUUUUUAUAAAAUUUAUAUAUAAAUUUUUUUUAAAAAAAAAAAAUUAACCCCCCUCCGUGAGCGAACAAAAUUUUUUUGUUCGCUCACGGAGGGGGGGGGGGAGUUAACAUAAAUUUAGAUUUGGCUGCUGAUUUUAGCACAUCUGAUGUCAAACACGCUCAAUCUGAACAACAGACGAUUAAAGAUCUGCCUUGUUUUAUUAAGCUGAAACAAGGCACGCAGCUGAUAGGCACUGGGAAAAACACAACAAUUGUGAUCAUGGACAAGAUUUUUGUACUCCCAGACAGUCCGAAGCCAUAUCUAUCGAGAAGUCAACUGUAAUUCCGAAGGACCUAUGUCCACCUGUAACCCCAUCACCUUCUCGCCAACUAUACACAACUUUAGAAAGGAAACUCCUGCCUGGCGAAGGUCUGCACUCACACCCCGUAGUGGAUGAGUCAUACAACAUUGUCGCAUGCCUAAAAAUGUUUGCCCGCAAUGAAAAUUUCAAAUGGUUUUAAUCUGGUGAGCUCUUGGCCAAAAUGAAAAUCCGAAGCCCAGGGCUAACUCCUGGUUUCAUUUGGAAAUAGUCCCGAUUUGACCAAGAAACAUUUCUGGCUCUGCUGGGAGAUCCCUUUCCAACUCUCGACCCUUAAGGUAAAUCAUGGAUCUGGAGUAAACUUGCGAUCGGCUAGCCCAGCAUUGCGUUUUAUAAUUCAAGAAAAACAUGGCUGGAUACACAUUCCCGAACUCCAUUCUCCCUCGAGGUUCCUACGCACUCUGCAGGAUGCAGCUACAGGAGCUAAGAGAUGGGCUGGCUCGCCCCUCCAUUUUAAAUAUGACCCAAAGGCAUAUCCAAAUAAGAAGUCAAAGCCAGAUGAGGUGCCUAUGAAGUAUUGAAGCCAAAGAUACAGCAUUUUUUCUAAGUUUGACGAAGGGAUCAAGCUGGAUGAAGAAAGUUGAUACAGUGCGACUCAUGAGCCAAUAGCAAAACAUAUAGCGAAAACAUGUGAGGAUGCUGAAAUCAUUAUGGAUGGCUUUUCGGGAGCUGGAGGUAACGUUGUGCAUUUUGCUAAAACUAACAAAGUGAUUGCAAUUGAGCUAGAUCCCAAAAAGAUUGAGCUAUUAAGGAAUAAUGCUGAGGUAUAUGGAGUAAGUGAUAUGAUCCAGUAUACACAAGGCGAUUUCUUGGAAGUCGCUGAAAAUUUUGGGUACGUUGACGUUAUUUUUAUGUCACCUCCAUGGGGAGGUCCUGAGUAUUUAACAAAUCCAAGCUAUGACCUUUUUAAGUCAGUCACCCCAGACAUUAAAGAAAUCAUGAAAAUUUGCGAGAAAAUUACAAAAAAUGUGAUAUGCUAAAACAAGUUAAAUUUUUCUUCAGAAAAUAAACAUCAUUUUUUGAUCAAAAUUAAUUCAGCACAGCAUACUCUAUUUGCCAAGAAAUUCUGAUCCAGACCAAAUGAUAGAGCUCCUCGAUUACGCCCCUAGUUUACAGCGGCAAAUAGAAAUCCAGCUUUACUACUACGGAAGUAAGGUCAAAACUAUCGGAUUAUUUAUAGGCGACAUGGUACAUCCUGACUACUUUGAGGUAGCCACCUUACUUUUACACAGAAACGGCUCAGAGUGUUCCUUUAUGGAAGCCAUGUCCUUGUCCUACGAUAUGGAAACAGAAGGUUUUAAUGAAAUAAUUAACAGAAUGUUCUAA